UGUCGCGCCGCGGCCCCAAUCAUCCCUCAUCAGGCACUGCGCUGGCUGUCAAGCUCUCAGAAGAUCCUGCCAAGCGCGUUGGUCUGCUCGAGGCUGGUCCCAUCGCCCUCGACCGUGCCGACACAAACACUCCUGGACUGUUUGGCGCAAACCUCGGCACCAAUCUCAACUACAACUACACAUCCAAGGCGGACGUCGCUCCUGCUGUCGCGUGGCCGCGAGGCAAAGUCCUUGGUGGCAGCUCUGCCCUCAACUUCUUGGUCUGGGACAGAGCCAGCAAGGCAGAGUACAACGCUUGGGAGGAGCUCGGAGCAAAGGGCUGGAACUGGAACAACUUGUACAAGUACAUGAAAAAGUCGGAAAAGUUCACUGCGCCUUCCGCAGAGGACCAAGCUGCGCUCAACAUCAAGACCAACUCGGCCGAUUACGGCAAUGCGGGCGCCAUCCAGGUAUCUUUCCCGCGCUACAUCUCGGAGCAAGUCAAGCGUUGGAUCCCCGCCCUGGAGGAACUCAAAAUCCAGCACAACGACAACCCAUUGGCAGGCGACAACAAAGGGGCAUCUGUUCAGCCCAGCGAUAUCCUGCCCAGCAACUCUACCAGGAGCUACUCUGCCACCGCAUACUUUGCUCCUGCUAGCUCCAGACCCAACCUCUCCGUCUUGCCGGGCGCCACCGUUCAACGGAUCGUCUUUUCCUCCGCCAGGUCUACUUCAGGCAAUGUUGUUGCCACUGGUGUCGAUUACACGCACAGCGGUCAAAAGUUCACCGCUGCGCUCGUCAGCGGUGGUGAGGUCAUCGUCAGCGGCGGUACCGUCAACACCCCUCAAAUUCUCGAGCUGAGCGGUAUCGGACAGAAGAAAGUGCUGCAAAGCGCGGGUAUCAAGCAGAUCGUCGAUCUUCCAGGUGUGGGGGAGAACGUUCAGGACCACGUGUACACUGCUGCAGUAUGGAAGCUCAAGAACGGCUCGGUCACGCUCGACUCUUUGCGCAACGACCCCGCCUUUGCGGCUGACCAGCAAGCUUUGUAUGCCAACAACCAGGUGUCCAUCCUCCAAGAGACCGUCCCUGCCAUUGCCUACCUCACCUUGCCCCAAUUGGUCGGCAAGGCCAAGGCGUUGAAGCUCGUUGCCAAAGCUGCUGCGUACGUCGCAUCUGCCAAUGUUCCCUACAAGGCCAGCCUCUGGAAGCAGCUCGAGCACCUGACCAAGAGAUUGGACAGCGUCGCUCAAAUGGAAGUCAUCGGCAUCGAUGGCUUCUUUGCCCCCGGUGCUCCCCAAGCAGGAGUCAACUACAUCACUUUCCUCGCUGCUCAACAGCACAGCUUGUCUCGCGGUAGCAUUCACGUGCAAAGCAGCGAUGCGUCCAAAGCUCCCAUCAUCGACCCCAAGUACUUCACUGCUGAUUGGGACCUCGACGUCCUCACCGCUGGUACCUCUUACCUGCGCAACGUUGCCAACACGAAGAUCUACAAGGCUAACGGCUUCGUCGAGAACGAGGUUCUGCCGGGACAGGGCGUCGACCUGACCAACUACAGCAAGCAAAACGUCGUCACAGAGUACCACCCCAUCGGCUCUGCAAGCCUGGGGCCGAAAUCCCAAGGAGGAGUGGUCGACUCUUCCCUCAAGGUGUACGGCACCCAGAAUGUUAGAGUGGCGGAUGCCAGCGUGAUUCCUGUCCACGUCUCGGCGCACAUUCAAGCAACGGUGUACGGCAUUGCGGAAGCAGCGGCUGCCAUCAUCCACAACAAGUGGACGUACUUGCAGUAAGAACAGCAAAUACUCUUGCCAAAGUCCACUUUUCCUCAAACCUCUGCUCCGCAGCUCUCUCUGCUAGGCUCGAUUACACAAUCUGCUCCGUGAACAUGUGCCCUGUGCUCCUCGUUUCUUGCAUCAUACGGAGGUUUCUGCCCACCACCGACAGAAAACCUCCGCUGCUGCUGCUGCUUUUGGUCUUUUGCUGUGCUCUGCGCUACACGCUGCUCCUGCAAUGCCUUGCAAACCCUUUCGUUUCCAAAUCUUGUCUCCCACGGUCACACACCACGCUGCAUCUUGCAAUGUCAAAAGCCUCCUCUCACAAUCCCUCGUCCCUCGACAUGUUGUCUAUGAGUAGCUGCUGAAAUGUCAUUGCUGAGACCUUGCACUCCCGUACGAGCUCGCUCGCGGAUGAGCCCAG